AUGGACGAUAUCGUCAUGAACGGUUCGUCGGAGGUGCUUCCUCCACAACCACCUCCGGAACCUAUCGAGCGACCUCCUACUCCCCCUCCGCCUCCCCCAGAAGAUUCCGCCGCCCCUCCUCCGCCGCCAGAUGCCGCCGCGCCUCCACCACCGCCCGAAGACCUUCCUCCUGCACCUCCGCCACUUGAACCAAAGAAGAAGAAGGUGGGGUGGGGCGCGAAGAAGCCAGCAGCUACACCGCUGAGCGUAGAGGAACUGGUUCGCAAAAAGAGGGAAGCUGAUGCGGCAGCUGCUAGGCCGAAAUUCUUGUCGAAAGCCGAGAGAGAACGACUCGCCUUGGAAAAACGAGCAAAGGAAGUCGAAGCAGAGCGAAAGCUAAAGGCAUCCAACGGUGUCGACAGGAGUGCGACUCAGUCGCCUUCAGUCAGCUCUGAAGUCAAUAACGGCGAUGGAAGGUCUAUACCCACCGGCCCCCGGGCCAUGAGAGGCUCAGACGCUCCUACCGCACCAGCUGCUAUGCGCAAUUCUCACUCCCAUAAUAAAAACCGCGACCUAUCGCCGCCUCCACCGCCAAAGUCAAUGCCUUCCGGUCUUACAGGUUCGAAAGGCGACAAGCGACCAGUGGACGACGAUGAAGUAGCUGCUCAGGUGGCAUUGGUUAAGCAGAGGUACAUGGGCGCAGACCAGACGUCGACUUUCUCAGCAAAGAAGAAGCGGAAGAGGACAACAGACCGGAAGUUCAAUUUCGAGUGGAACGCAGAAGAAGACACAAGUGGAGACUAUAACCCCCUGUAUCAACAUCGACAUGAGGCGAACUUCUUUGGACGUGGUCGACUGGCAGGUUUCGGAGACGAUGUCGCCGACAACGUGGCGAAGAAGUACGCAAGAGCCUUGGAGGACCGUGACCACGAAGCGGGAGGUAUUCGGGCCCGAGAGAUCCUGGAAAUGGAGCGCCGGCGGAGAGAAGAGAGCACCCGCAACCAGCUUGACAAACACUGGAGCGAGAAGAAACUGGAACACAUGCGCGAGCGCGACUGGCGUAUCUUCAAGGAAGAUUUCAACAUCAGUACCAAGGGUGGGAGUGUACCGAACCCCAUGCGGUCGUGGGAUGAGUCCGGUCUUCCCAAACGUCUCAUGGAGCUUGUCAACAAAGUUGGCUACAAGGAACCUACGCCCAUUCAACGUGCUGCUAUCCCUAUUGCCAUGCAGUCUCGCGAUCUUAUCGGUGUCGCCGUCACCGGUUCCGGUAAGACCGCAGCCUUCCUACUCCCUCUGCUAGUCUACAUUGCCGAACUGCCUCGCAUCGAUGAGUUCGAAUGGAGAAAGAACGACGGUCCCUACGCCAUCGUCCUCGCCCCGACCCGUGAAUUGGCCCAGCAAAUCGAGAUCGAAGCAAAAAAAUUCACAGAACCCCUUGGCUUCAACGUCGUCAGUAUAGUCGGAGGUCACUCCUUCGAAGAGCAAGCCUACAGUCUCCGCAACGGCGCAGAAAUCAUCAUCGCCACCCCAGGUCGUCUAGUCGACUGCAUCGAACGCCGCAUGCUAGUCCUCAGCCAAUGCUGCUACGUAAUCAUGGACGAAGCAGACCGCAUGAUCGACCUGGGCUUCGAAGAACCCGUCAACAAGAUCCUCGAUGCCCUCCCAGUCUCCAACGAAAAGCCCGACACCGAGGAAGCCGAAAACUCAAUGGCCAUGAGCCAACACAUCGGCACCAAAGACCGCUACCGCCAAACAAUGAUGUACACAGCCACAAUGCCCACAGCGGUCGAACGCAUCGCCCGCAAAUACCUCCGUCGCCCGGCCAUUGUCACAAUCGGUAGCGCUGGCGAAGCCGUCGACACCAUCGAGCAGCGCGUCGAGUUCAUCGCAGGCGAAGACAAGCGCAAGAAGCGUCUGGGCGAUAUUCUCUCGUCCGGCGAAUUCCGGCCGCCAAUCAUCGUCUUUGUCAACAUCAAGCGGAACUGCGAUGCUAUUGCCCGCGAAAUCAAACAAUGGGGUUUCUCCUCUGUUACUUUGCACGGUAGUAAGACCCAGGAACAGCGUGAAGCCGCUCUGGCGUCUGUGCGGAACGGCCAAACGGAUGUUCUGGUCGCCACCGAUUUGGCUGGUAGAGGUAUCGAUGUUCCCGACGUCAGUCUGGUUAUCAACUUUAACAUGGCGACUACUAUUGAGAGUUACACCCAUCGUAUCGGUCGUACCGGUCGUGCGGGUAAGAGUGGUGUGGCUAUCACAUUCUUGGGUAAUGAGGAUACGGAUGUUAUGUACGAUCUCAAGCAGAUGCUUAUCAAAUCACCCAUUUCUCGACUACCAGAGGAGCUGCGCAAGCAUGAAGCCGCACAAUCGAAGCCCACGCGCGGGUUUGCGAAGAAGAAUGAUGAUAGCUCUGCGUUCGGGUCAAAGGGGGGAUGGUGA